AUUACCAAAUUAGAGUAGGAGACUGAUUCCGUAUUUCCUCAUCACAUUCAAACCUCUUCCAAUCCUUUUCAACCUUAACCGUUCUUAAAUAAAAUUAUUAUUUUAUUCUAUUUUUAAUAAAGAAAUAAAAAUUCUGUUUUGAUUUCGCCUGCUUUGUCAUUCUUUUAAUUAUUAUUAUUCUCUUUCUGCCAAUCAAAUCAAAUCACAUAAAAGAAAACCCAAGUCAUUCCUAUUGCUUCUUUCAAUAAAAUCUUAGUAUUGGAUUUUAUGAGAGAAAGAAACCGUUUCUUACUUGCACAAUUGGGUUAGAAGGAAAUUAAGGGUUAGAAGGAAAUUAAGGGUUAGGUUUCUUCUUGUUGGAGAAGAAGAGAAGGACAUAGUUUUUCUUUCUGGGUUUUGAUUUUUGGUUAGGUUAGUUCUUUCAUUUUUUAUUAGUCAAUGGAACAGUUCAAAUCUCCUGCAUAUUCUCAUGUCAAAGAGGAUCAUUCUAUUAAGCAAUCUUGGAGAAGUGACAAUACCCCUAAGGGCCCAAGAAGUCCCCAAAAUCAAAAGGUAACAGCCAGAUGGGAUCCAGUCGAAGCUUGUAGGCCUCUCAUUGAUGAUGCUCCAGUGUUUUAUCCAACUGUUGAGGAAUUUGAAGAUACACUUGGUUAUAUAUCAAAGAUCCGUGCGAAAGCAGAGUUGUAUGGUAUAUGCCGGAUUGUCCCUCCACCUUCUUGGAGUCCACCUUGCCGCCUCAAAGAGAAAGAUAUAUGGGAACAUGCUAAAUUUUCUACAAGAAUUCAGUAUGUUGAGUUGCUUCAAAAUAGGGAGCCAAUGAGAAAAAAAUCUAAAAGUCGGAAACGGAAAAGGAGAUUUUCGAGGAUGGGAACAACGAGGAGACGCAAGAGGAGACUUACCAAUUCUAGUUCAGAAGGAAAUGUUGCCUCUGAGACUGAUGAGACAUUUGGAUUCCACUCUGGUUCUGAUUUCACACUUGAAGAGUUUGAGAAAGAAGCUGCUUAUUUCAAAGAGUGCUACUUUGGAACGAAGGAUCUAAUGGAUGAUGGGAAUGAAACCCAAAAAUGGGAGCCUUCUGUCGAGGAUAUUGAAGGUGAAUACUGGCGGAUUGUUGAAAAACCAACUGACGAGGUUAAGGUACUCUAUGGAGCUGAUUUGGAAACAGCAACAUUUGGAAGUGGGUUCCCUAAGGCUUCAGCCUUGAUGACUGAAGGUGAUUCAGAUCAGUAUGUGGUAUCUGGGUGGAAUCUAAACAACUUACCACGCCUGCCAGGUUCUGUGCUGUGUUUUGAAGGAUGUGAUAUCUCAGGAGUUUUAGUUCCAUGGCUGUAUGUUGGAAUGUGUUUCUCAUCAUUUUGUUGGCAUGUUGAGGACCACCACUUAUAUUCGCUAAACUAUUUACAUUGGGGUGAUCCAAAGAUAUGGUACGGAGUACCUGAAAGCCAUGCUUCCAAUUUGGAGGAUGCAAUGAGAAAACAUUUACCUGAUUUGUUCGAAGAACAGCCUGAUCUACUUCAUGGACUGGUAACUCAACUAUCUCCUUCAGUUUUAAAAGCUGAGGGUGUACCAGUUUAUCGGGUGGUCCAACACUCUGGGGAGUUUGUUCUAACCUUUCCUAGAGCAUACCACUCUGGCUUUAAUUGUGGCUUCAACUGUGCAGAGGCAGUGAAUGUAGCCCCUGUUGAUUGGUUAGCACAUGGACAGCAUGCAGUUGAGCUUUACAGUGAGCAACGGCGCAAAACAUCUAUAUCCCAUGACAAGCUACUGAUGGGAGCAGCUCAGGAAGCAAACCAUGCCCUUAGGGAGCUAUUACUUCUUGGAAAGGAAACUCCUGAAAAUUUAAGGUGGAUGAGUGUCUGUGGGAAGGAUGGAGUGCUUACUGCAGCAGUUAAGACAAGGGUAAAGAUGGAGGAGGAAAGAAUAAAGAGCCUUCCGACUAAUUUAAAACUGCAAAAGAUGGAAAAGGACUUUGAUUUGCAAAAAGAGAGAGAAUGUUUCUCAUGCUUCUAUGACUUGCAUUUAUCCUCUGCCAGCUGUAAGUGCUCCCCUGAACGAUUUGCAUGCCUUCAACACGCAAGCCAUUUUUGUUCAUGUGAAAUAGACCACAGAUAUGUCCUUCUCCGCUACACUAUGGAUGAAUUGAACACUCUGGUUGAUGGGCUGGAGGGAGAAUCAUAUGGUCUGAAAGACUGCCCUGAUGAACAGGGAUUAGUUUCUCUUGGUGAUAAUGGCACUCGUGUUCCUGAGCUGGAACUUAAGGGUGAGGAAUUCCAAACCAACUAUUCUAAGAGGAAGGAAAGUCCACGUUGUUCUAAAAAAACAGAAGAAAAAUUGAGCACCAAAGGCUCUUGCAGUUUUAAUAGCAAUACUUCUUCAGAAGUAAUCCAGUCAGAGAGUUAUCACAACAGCUUUCCAGUAAUGAAAAACAAAGAUAAGGUGAAGCAAGAGGGAUGCAUUGAUUUGAAUAUUGAUGUUAUGUCUAUUGAUCAGGAAAGUAAGCAUCUGCUUGAAUCUGAUGGCUGUGAUAACAAAGCAAUCUCAUAUGUGAAGGAGACACAUGGUUCACCAUGUAUGCAAGAGACGCCUGGCAGUUCAGAUGCGGCAAAAGAACAAGACAGGGAACAAGCUGUUGGAGAUUGUGAAGCUAAGUUACAGGAAUUGUCAAAUAAAAAUGACCCUUCUUAUCCAAUGUUUACUCAAGAUACUUGUGCAUCUCGUAAUAAGUUGUUUGGGGUUGAUCUUUCACGUUCACAUUCAGUGAGGCCAGCAAAGAGCUUCAAAACUGAAAUGAAUAAGGGUGGCUUAGAUGUAAGACCUGCAACUAAUGGCAGUUCAGAUGCGGCAAAAGAACAAGACAGGGAACAAGCUGUUGGAGAUUGUGAAGCUAAGUUACAGGAAUUGUCAAAUAAAAAUGACCCUUCUUAUCCCAUGUUUACUCAGGACACUUGUGCAUCUCGUAAUAAGUUGUUUGGGGUUGAUCUUUCACGUUCACAUGCAGUGAGGCCAGCAAAGAGCUUCAAAACUGAAAUGAAUAAGGGUGGCUUAGAUGUAAGACCUGCAACUAAUCAAAGCAUUCCAGUAAAGAAAUUGAAUCCUUGUGUAGAACCAAUAAAUGUAGGAUCCGUCAUGUUUGGAAAGUUUUGGUGCUGUAAGCAGGCCAUUUUCCCUAAAGGAUUUAAAAGCCGGGUUAAGUUCUUUAAUGUGCAUGAUCCCAUAAAAAAAUGUUCCUAUAUUUCAGAAGUACGGGAUGCUGGGCCUCUUGGCCCUCUUUUCAAGGUAUCUUUAGAAAAAUUCCCGGGUGAGACAUUAGCAGCAGAUGUUUCAAUUCAGAAGUGCUGGGAGAUGGUGGUGCAAAGACUAAAUGAUGAAAUUGGAAGACGAAACAGCCUAGGAGAAAGAAACCUUCCCCCUUCGCAGAGUAUUAAUGGGAUUGAAAUGUUUGGAUUCCUCUCCCCACCAAUUGUUCAGGCUAUCGAGGCUCUUGACCCUGAUCAUCGUUGCGUGGAAUACUGGAAUCACAGGCUUGUUAAUUUGAGGAAUACAAGGGAAGCCAAGCAGCCCCCGUUUGGAUCAAGUUGCUGUCUCACAAAAAUGAAGGAAAAAAUUGACAUUAACCUUUUGACACAGGAACCUGGUAGCUUAUUCAUAGGAGGUCAUCGCUCAGUUGACGAAGAUGUGCAGCACGUGCUGCGAGGCUUAUUCAAGAAAGCUAGUCAGGAAGAGUUGAAAACAAUGCACAGAAUACUCCACAGUGACGCACAAAGUGCUGAGCGAAGAGAAGCUUUCACAACACUGAUGGAGGAGAUUCAGAAAACAAGUAGAUAAAUAAAAAGAACAUGUUUAGGUUCCAUCAUUCUUUCUCAUUGAGAGUAGCUUACUUUCUCAUAAUUCAGGCCCAUUUUUUUCAAAAGUUUAUAAAAGGGAAAGAGUUCCCAGGCACGAGUCACGCUCAAAUAUUUUGCAGCGUGCCUGCUCGUAAUGUAGAUACAGUAUCUUGAUUGCUGAUGCCAACUGACCACAAGGGUGAUUUUGUACAUUAGGAACCCUUGUUCCCACCAUGUUCCUUUCUAAAUUUCAUUGAGUUCUAACUUGGUUUCCUUUC